AUGGACCCAAUUUCAAUCACCGGCCUCGUGAUAGAGGUCAGCCAUGUCCUAUCGAGUCUGAUUCGAUAUGCCAAAACGGUACAGACUGCAAAGUCUGAAGUACGCAAACUUAGCGAAGAGCUAUUUGCUCUCAAGGGAAUCCUGGAACACCUUGCCGUGCAGACAGAUGCUAUUUUUGAAUGGGAACAUUCGGAAACAAGCCCAUUUGAUCGCGAGGUUCUGGCAAGAGUGUUGCAUACAACCAAUGAAUUCCUGCAAUCCUUACUCACUGACUUGGAAACCUCUGAGACCAAGUUCAAGCGUCUCAAGCAGACCCUCAAAUGGCCAUUCACCCAGAAGGAAGCCAAUGAGCAUCUGAUUCGUCUGGAAAGGGUCAAAUCGUGGUUGAUAUUGGUCCUCCUGGCAGACCACAAUUCAGCGGAUCGGGACAUUCAACAUGAAAUUCGUGAUCUGACAAGUGCAGUUAAGGAGGACUUGCAGAUUCGAACCCAAGAGCGAAACCAAGUUGCUAACAGAAAGAUAUUUCAAUGGAUAGCUCCUAUGAACCCUGAAAAUUCUCACCUGCGGGCAUCAAAAAGGCUCAAUAUUGGGACUGGUAGAUGGUUUAUUGACGGCCAUCUGAAGAAGUUCCUGAUUCAAGACGAAGACCGAGCUCUCUUCCUUUUCGGAAAAUCUGGAACUGGAAAAAGCACACUAUUUGCGCAAACUGCUAAUGAACUCACGUAUCUGGCUUCUCAGAGCCAGACUAUGUGCGUUGCUUAUUUUUACUGCUCAAUCGGAGACAAUGCAUCUCAGAAUGCAAGAAAUGUUCUAGGAUCACUGGUAGCACAGCUUUCGAGUACAGUUCCUUCGAUAUUGGAUGAAAUCCGAUCUAUCUAUAACAAAGGUCCGAGGAGUCAAACGACUAGGUUUCCUAUUGAGAUGUCUGUUCUUGAAUCUGCCAUUGCCAGGUGUGCUUCCGAAAAGAUCCAGGUUAUCCUUUUAGUUGAUGCAAUCAACGAAAGCUAUGAUAUGCAGCCUCUUGAGGUAGCUCUUCUGAGGCUUGCCGGGUUGUGCAAGAAUAUUCGUGUGAUUAUAACAACUACAAAUACCACAAAUUCCGCCAAGCAACCAGGUGCAUCCAUCCUGAAUAUAAGCUGGAAAUCACGGGGGGACAUUGAUGCCUUCAUCAAAUAUCGACUUGAGACCGAUGAUACGCUCAGAAACCUCGAGUCGGAGUUUAAAGCAGAGAUUGAAUGGAAUCUCUUUCGCAGCGCCGAUGGAUCUUUCCGUUGGGUUCAGCUCUCUUUGGAGAACCUGAGCACGCAGCGAUCUGUAAGGGCCAUGCGACAGGCCUUGAAGAACCUCCCAGGGACUUUGCGAGAGACCUAUGCAAGCAUGUUAGAAGGAAUUGCCCCUGACGAUUGGAAGAUUGCUCGCGAGGCCCUCUUCUGGCUAAGCUUCGCUAAGAAGCCGCUAAAUUUGAAAUGUCUCAACGAGAUCGUGGUACUAGAUGAGACAUGCAUGACACUUGACGAGGACAUGAUGCUUGUUCCUCCCCACAUUCUUCUUCAAGUAUGCCAAGGGCUCAUCACUGAAGACCAAGACGGCUAUCUCAGCCUGGCACAUUCAUCUGUCAAAGAUUUCCUGACCUCUGAUUGGAUCCGCUCAUCUCGAGUACAAUAUUUUGCGCUGGAUCCUGCAAGUGCGGACCUGAAAGCCAUGCACAGCUGUCUCACAUACCUCUCCCUCGACAAUUUCGCGCAGGGAUACUUAGCAUAUCCUGACAAUCCAUCAAAGCUGAGAGAUAAUCAUCCGUUCAUAGUUUACGCUGCAAACUUUUGGCCAGAGCAUGGUGCUGCUUGUGGGUUUGGAGAUCCACAACAGUAUAUGGUCCACAAGUUCUUUGCUACGAGAACCCUUGCUGGCCGAGGAAAUUAUGGCACUUGGAUACAGACAUUGUUUCAGACGACCACCGCUACAUGCAAAAAUGAUAUCAUGGCCAUUGACACAACGCAUCCUCUAUACUACGCCGCCUCCUUUGGCAUGGUUCCUGUCGUAAAGUCUCUUCUCGCGUCGGACCCAGACAUCGAUGUCAAUGCUCCCGGUGGUCGUAUUGGAGCCACACCAGUAUGGAUUGCCAGUCUGCGUUUCAAAUUUGAGGUUGUGGAGAUCCUGUUGGAUGCAGGUGCCGAUCCCUCCAUUCGGGAUCCGGGCAGUGGGUUUAAUGUGCUUGAUCUUUUGAGAAUGGUACCAACCGCUCAUCGGAAUUAUCAUGGUCUGCGAGCUAUUUUGGCCCGUCAGGCGCCUUGGAAAGAGCAAGUGAAGAAAUGA